CCGGCAGGGGAUUCGUUUCCAGGUUUAUUUUUAUUUCCUUAGGAAUUUUACCGAUCGGAGCGGGGGGAAAAGAAGCAACAAAAGCCCCUGCGACGGGGAAAUCGAGGCACGUCGGAGGGAAGAGGCGAAACCAUCCGGCCCUUCAUCCCGGUGGGACGCGGACGCCGUCGCUCCAUUAUUUUUAAAGCCCGCGUUGCUGAGGUCUAGGAAGACAACCGUCUCUUGAGUCGACGUGGAAGAGCUUCGCUCCUCGCCACGAUGUCCACCAAGGUGCCGAUCUACCUGAAGAGGGGCAGCAGGAAGGGGAAGAAGGAGAAGCUCCGCGACAUCCUCUCCUCCGACAUGAUCAGCCCGCCCUUGGGGGACUUCAGGCACACGAUUCACAUCGGCAGCGGCGGAGAGAGCGACAUGUUUGGGGACAUCUCCUUCCUUCAGGGCAAGUUCCACCUCCUCCCCAGGACCGAAGGCAGCUUCGAUUCCGACAAGGACAGCCCCGACGCGGCACCGUUCGAGUUCUCCAGGACGGCCACCAUCUCCGGACGCGAACAGUCGUCCUCGGAGACUUCAUCUCCCCUCCUCAAAAAUGCCAUCUCCUUGCCCGUCAUCGGGGGGCCGCAAGCAUUGACGCUACCCUCAGCGCAAGCCCCCCCGAAACCGCCGCGGUUGCACCUCGACGACAAAGCGCCGCUGGCGCGAGGGGAGGAGGAUGGCGAAGGCAGGAGCGCCGCCGCCCCGCCGCAUCCCUGCGCCUCGCGUUUCGUCGCCUCGACGAACGGCUUCGCCGAGGAGAAGGGCGACGCCGAGCCGCCCUUCCUCUCCCACGCCGGCUCCCUCCUCUCCCUCCACGUGGAUUUGGGGCCGUCCAUUUUGGAGGACGUCCUGCAAGUGAUGGAGAAACACCAGGCAGAGAGAGUGGGUGGAUCUCUACAGGAUUCGGGCAGGCAGGAGAUCUUGACGUGAAGACGACUGAAGAUUAAGACGUUGAGAAAUGGAUUAUUCUUAUUUUUGGGGUUUGUUUUUUUUUUUUUUAAGCAGCUCUUCUAUUACAGCUUGAACUCACAAGUCUGCCUCCACGCGCCUUCCUCAAGCGGUGCGCUGACGGCGAUGUGUUGUUUCCUCUCGCAGAGCCCGUCGUGCGAACGGGCCGCGAGCGGUUCACCCUCUGCGCCGCUCCCCGGCAGCCUCCGCCUGUUCCCUCAGCGCGGGGAGGAGGAGAAAAUAAAACACCCUACGAAGCCAAGACGACACAGGCGGCGCCCGCCGCCGGGUCGUGCCGCUUGUCCGUACCGACUGCACCUUUAGCGAUGGAUCCGAACCACAGGACUGCGCCGACCGGUAGAAAAUAAGAGACCGCGUCGUUCUAAACCCUUGUUGUACUGGAUGGGGUGAAACGGCGAUGGUUGAAUUCCCAAAUGUCUCGGUCGGGAGGAGUGUGGGGGUUCGGGGCGGGGGGAGUGGAUUUUGGGGGUGUUUUCCACUUGAAAAGGGGCUGUGGUUUGCACUCAGGCAGGGCGAAGGUGUGACGCUCGCUGUUUGCCCAACCACCAGAAUCAUCAAGGUGAUGUCAAAUGUCAGCCUUUGACUUAAUUUUGUGAAGAUCCCACAAAUCGGUAAAUCUGGGGGUUACGUGGCAAAAGGCUCCAUCGGGCUUUCACGUUGCUUCGUCUCUAAGGAAAAGCUUAAAAACUCGCUGCGGAGAAGCUAAAAAAACCCCUCUCGGGCUGUAUUUUGGCAACUAAAUCCGUGGCUGGAGCUCGGGGUUGGAAUUUGAAGUCGUAAAUAAGAUGCAAACAACAACAAAAAACUAUGUUAAGUGAAGGGUGAGCGACCCCCGGGGCGGAUUCCUGCACGAUGGGGUGAAAUUCAUUCUCCCGAAAGCCGCCGUCUCCAUCAAUCGCAGAUUGUUUGGAUGGACGGAGGAAGGAGGGGGUGAAACGCUUCGGCACGCAGAAAGGAAUGCGAAUCCCUUCUGCUUUUUUUAAAAAAAUAAUAAUUAAAGUAAUAAUAAAAAAAAAAUCCCUGGAAAGGCCAAUUCUGCUGACGUCGGGGUGAAAGACCUUAACGCUCGGCCCCGAGGGCUUUCAUUCUCUCCCAGUCUCUGAAUCGAGGACAAGGGAGGCCUGUAGGACGCGGUAACGGUGUAAAAGCAAGCGGGACCUCGUUUCCUAGAUGCCGUUGUUAAUUAACUGCAUCGUUUUGCACCGAUUCUGAUAGUUUUAGCCCAGAACGAGGCCGGGAGACGCCCCUAAUAAGGAAUUAAGGCACCUCUUGAAGAGCACACUGACUUUUUUGCUGGUUUGCCGGAGCCUGACCCUGUAUUUCUUCACAUCCUCGAUUUGCUGUUUCAUACAGGUAUCGUUAGAAAAUGAGUCAUUAGAAUAACGAGCUCGUAGCUCGUCACCGCACGACCGUGUCCCGGCUCUUCCUUGCACCCGGCGGGGUGCUCCCACCGUAACCCCAAAACACUCCAUUUUGAGUUGAAACACCAAUGAUUUGGGGUUAAAGCCAUUUUUUUUUUCCCCAAGCUUUCAGUCUGCAAAAUAAUUAAGAAAAUGAGGUUAAUUGAGCUCGAUUCAGGCGGCCGCCGGAUUUAAUUUCUAUUUGAUUUUACGCUGUUCUGGUUCAAUCCUUACCUGGUCUAAACUGACGGCGCUGCCUCCUAACAGCACCCGUCCACGUGGCGAUGACUCCUUUUUAUUUAUUUUAGCAUUUUUCUAACGAAAAAUAAUUCCAGUGACAGAAUGGGGGCGUUUUAGAGCAUCGUUUAUAAUUAAUUUCCCCCGGUGGUGGCGUAUUUUGCUGGGAGAUGAGCCCACCUCGGUUUCCCAAUCCGCUCUUCGCUUGCCAACGCGCCACAGCUCCUCUUCAGUCACAAAAUCUUAACGGGAAAAAAGCUUGGAAUGGAUAAUUUGGGGUGGUUUUCAGCAGUUUUCUUACGUGGCCCAACAUCCUCGUGUGGGGUAGGGUGGGUUGCGAUGAUGCGGCCGUGCUCAUUUUCCUGGGUUUCACCUUAAUUAGCGAAUUAAAUUGAGCUGAGGAUGAUGUUUUGAGUUCA